UGAAGGGAUUAGUUACACAGACAACCUACCAUUAAGUCCCGUCUUACGUAGGACUUUGAGCCAACGAGAUCCGAUAUCGCCUUCAUCUCAGGAGGGUUGAGCCUGCGGACACAGAGGGCCUUCUAUCUCACAGAGCCCUGGAAGAGAGUCUUGUUCAGCUCCUUCUUCAUCCCCAGCUCCAACUAUGUACUCUGCAGGCUUGGAAAUUCUUGGGAUGAUCCUGGCAGUGGCCGGCUGGCUGGGGGUAAUGGUGGCCUGCGGCCUGCCCAUGUGGCGUGUGGCUGCUUACAUCGGUCAGAACAUUGUCAUCUCCCAGGUGAUCUGGGAAGGCUUGUGGAUGAACUGUUCGGUGCAGAGCACAGGCCAGAUGCACUGCAAGGUGCACGACUCCAUGCUGGGGUUACCAGUGGACCUGCAAGCGGCUCGUGCCUUGGUCAUUGUCUCCAUGGUACUGAGCAUUGUGGGCAUCGGCCUGUCAGUGGCUGGUGCCAAGUGCACCAACUGUAGCCGGGAUGUGAGCAGUAAACCACGGCUCGUGGUGGCUGCUGGAGUAACCUUCGUGGUGGCUGGACUGCUGCUGCUGGUGGCUGUGUCCUGGACAGCACACGCCAUCGUCCUAGGCUUUCACGACCCGCUGCUGGAGGAGACGGGGAAGAGGGAGUUUGGUAAUGCUCUGUACUUUGGCUGGGCUGCCUCCUGCCUGCUCAUCCUAGGGGGAGCCCUGCUCUGUUGCUCCUGCCCACCCAUAGCGGCUACAGCGCCGAGUGGUGGUGGCUCCAUGUCUCCCCGGGUGGAUUACUCACCUGUCAAGACCAUGUCAGUCAAUGGAUACACCAGAAGAGACUAUGUAUGAACAUGUAACGUGUGGGCGCAGUUGAAGAUACGAUGACCAGUGUUAGCAAAUGUGUGCUCAGUAGAUGGAUGUUUGUUGGCAUGGAUGUUAAUGCAGCAUCUUGGGCUUGGACAUUAAGCAUGAAUCACUGAUGCAUGUCUCAUGAUGUAUUUUUGUUAUGACCAUUUUUCUGUAGUGGUUGGCAUCUAAUGUAGCUUUUAAUAUUUUAUUUCGAAUAUUAAUACAUGUUACUUGUAGAUUUUAGAUUUUUUUCUAACAAACGUUAAGAUGAUGUCUGAUUUUAAAUAUAUUCACACAAUGCCUAUGCAAAUUAUUUCUGAUUAAAGCA